UCAAGGUACCGUUUUCAAAAAUAUGUUUGUUUCCUAUAGAAUGAUGAAGGAUCACAUGCUCAGGUAACACCCAACUAAUGGAAGCAUCUGGAACAGCAGUGGAUGGACAAGGAAGAUCUUCAGCAGUGCGCACUACUUCCUAAAGUAGACACAGCCUCAACCUCCACUGACAUCAGUGAGUACACAUAAAGUCUUGAUAGUCCGUGCUGGAUUUAAAUGGGAAGCCAAGGUGAACGACCAAGAUCCUCUUGAGUGAGAGCUGUACUGCUGCAGGAGGUUUGACCUUAGGUCACGUCUGAAUCUAGCUAACUUUUGGAUCUGUGUAAUUAUCUAAAAACUUGUCGUUUUAAAGCAGCAGCCUAACCCUAUUCAAGAGAUGUGCCUGAUGAAUUCUUGCUUGCAGGGCAAACGGCAGUUGAGUUUAGAUACGCUGCUUGAGACAUGCAAAUUAUUCCGUGUCCCUCAGGCUUGUGACAGGGGCUCCAGUUCAGCACAGUGGAUUGGCAGACCUAUUCUUGUGCCUUGCUUCUUGCUGAGGUUAUAUGUAUAGUUUCCACACCAAAACUCUGUUCUGACUCAGAACCUGAUCAGCUAGAUGGAAAUGUCCCCAGCCCUUUCCAAAGAGAAGGUCGCCAGUGGCAAGAACACUGGACUCGGAGGAACAUCAGCUGCCAAUUUAAAGGAUAAGACGAUGACUUGCUUCAAGGACCUAAGAACUAUUUGGAACUGGCUAUGGAUGGCUCUUUUCUGUCUCAGGACAGGACCCUGCUGUGACCUUACUAUGCAAAAUGCAGUCUUCAUCUUGCCCUUCUCAAGGUAACAUCCGAGUGAGAAAGGAAUAACUGAGCAUACAGGUCCCCUUCCAGCUCCACUGGGCAGGCUGAGUUUGCUGAGCAGCUGGGUCUGAUGCACUAUAUGGAAGUCCUAAUGCUGAUCACGGCUGCUGAAUACGUACCACCAACAUCAGAUGAAAAUGUCACUGUGACAGACACAGAGUUCAGUAACGUUCCGGUUCGGUUAUAUUUGCCCAGAGAGCAGUCGAGUGGAUUGAAAAGGGGCAUGGUUUACUUUCAUGGUGGAGGAUGGUGUAUAGGAGGGGCAGGCAUGAAACCUUAUGACCUGCUGUCAAGACAGACUUCAAACCAGUUAAAUGCGGUUGUGGUAUCAGUCAGUUACAGGCUGGCACCUAAGUACCAUUUUCCAGUUCAGUUCGAAGAUGUGUAUGCGGUAACAAAAUUCUUCCUCCAAAGCAGUGUCCUCUCGCAAUAUGGGGUGGACCCAAAUCGGAUCGGUGUUGCAGGAGACAGUGCAGGUGGCAACUUAGCUGCAGCUGUGGCACAGCAGUUGUUAGAUGACCUUGAAGUCAAAACUAAACUUAAAGUCCAAGCUUUGCUGUAUCCUGCUCUUCAAACUCUUGACCUAAAUUCUCCAUCUUACCGAGAAAAUGAAAACACGCCAAUUCUAUCUAAGCCACUUAUGGUCCGGUUCUUGAGUGAAUACUUCACUACUGAUUCAUCUCUUAGAGAAGCAAUGGCCUCCAACAGGCAUGUUCCAGCUGAAUCAAGCCACUUAUUUCAGUUUGUAAACUGGAGUAAGUUGCUGCCUGAAGAGCUAAAAAAAGGUCACGUUUAUACCAGUCCCGUUUAUGGAAGCUCCAACCUUGGGAAGAAGUAUCCAGGGUUUCUGGAUCCAAGAGCAGCACCUCUGCUGGUGGAAGAUGCCAAGUUACGUGGCUUGCCCCUGACGUAUGUCCUCACGUGUGAGCAUGAUCUCUUGCGGGAUGAUGGAGUCAUGUAUGUCUCACGCCUUAGGGAAGCAGGAGUUAAAGUAACACACAAUCAUGCUAAGGAUGCUUUUCAUGGGGCUGUAGCAUUUAUUUCGAGCCCAACUGACCUGGCACUAGGACACAGAUUGUCAAACCAAUAUAUUAAGUGGUUAAAUGACAAUCUAUAAAUUGAAAAUGCUGAUUUAACAUGCUUGGUUCAUGGUCACUGGAUGCGGUUGAGAUACUUAGGGAUAGCAGGGUGGUGUCUGUGCGAGAUUUUUCGGUAUGAGAUUGCCACCUUCGCUAUGUGUUUCCUCGCAGUGACUGCAUUACAAUGUUUCUCAUAUGCUCUAGCAGGCAAAUUAAUUUGGUUCUGAUCUAAGCAUUCUUUCAGUACUGUCAUUUAAGUCCAGAAACCCCAUAAACCAUCAGUUGCUAUCCUGGGAUUUCUCUCCUGCUGAGACCAAAAGGAUUCUUGGGCCUGGUCAUCCUCCCAGCUGCUUUCGCACCCUGCAGCCCCCACUGAGCUCCUCUGGGAUCACCUGCUGACUUUCAUGCAAGUGAAAGACUUGAUGUAUUGCUGCUUUUGUUUGUUUCUUGUUUCUUUCUGUCAAUACUUCAUCACAACAGGCUUGUGGAAAAUUUUAAUGUCUUUGUGUAUGGAGGACACUUGAUAACUGUUUGCUUCCAAUCCCCUUUGGGGUCCUUUUCCACAGCCACCAGAGCAUUCUCAGGGUGGCCUUGCAGUGAAUAGUGCUGUGGGGCCCCUUGGCAGUGCGAAAUCAUGUUUCCCAAGGAGUGAUGGUGGUGAGUGGAAGUGCAGCGACCUCAUUUCAUGAAGUCGAGGCUGUUUGUGAAAACCUGCCAGUUGCAUGUGGCUAAUGUUUCUGUGACACUAUCUUGGCCUAGCAGAGUUCAAGGCAAGCAUCUGAAAACAGAAUUGGAUGGCUACAAUACAGUACAGGUAUUAAGAAUGUAACUGUUUUGUGUUAGUGGUUUUAUUGAGUAAUUACUUUCAUUAAUCUGUGUAGUAGAAGGAAAUAACACAAUUAAACAAUACUGGAUACUCAUCAAAUAAAGGAAAUCAAAGAUUAUAGCCUUACAA